GCAGAGUGGGCGUUGGAUUUGUUUUAUGUCCCCCCCUCCAAAUACGUGACUUCACGCUAAACGUUUCACAAGUUGGGCAACUUCCAGUCGUGCAACUUCCAGUCGCAAGUCGGCCAAUAAAGAUGACGGAAAGCUCCACGAACAAGCUGCUAAACGGAGACGCCUGUCACCGGACCUCAAACGGGCGGAAAUCGAGUAAAAAUGGCUUCGUGAAGAACCACUGCUCGCUUCAACUGCCACAGAAUUACAGCCGCCCCCGGGAGAAGAACCAAAAUGGUACACACAACUCCUCCCUGUACAAGAAGCCGUUUUUGGAAUCAUUUGAGGAGACUCCUCUACUGGUGGCUGUGUUCACCUACAUGAGUUAUGGCAUCCUCACCAUCUUCGGCUACUUCCGAGACUUCCUUCGCAACUGGAACAUCGAGAAGUGCAACAUGGCUCAGGAAAGAGAGGAGCAGAAGGAUUUUGUCCCCCUGUAUCAGGACUUUGAGAACUUUUAUAACAGGAACUUGUACAUAAGGAUUCGAGACACCUGGAACAUACCCGUCUGUUGCCCCCCUGGUGCUACAAUGGACCUGGGGGAGAGACUUACCUUCGACUACAACUGGACCUUCAAGUACACAGGCAAAGUGAUGAAGGGCAUCAUCAACAUAGGCUCAUACAACUACCUCGGCUUUGCUGAGAACACUGGGGCGUGUAACAUUGCUGAUGUUGCCACCACACAAAAGUACGGAGUUGGUGUGAGCAGCACUCGCUGUGAGAUGGGCAACUUGGACAUCCAUGGGGAGCUGGAGACGUUGGUUGCCAGGUUCCUGGGCGUUGAGUCAGCUAUGACUUUUGGCAUGGGCUUCGCAACCAAUUCCAUGAACAUUCCUGCUCUCACAGGGAAGGGUUGUCUUAUCCUGAGUGAUGAGCUGAAUCACGCCUCACUGGUGCUGGGUGCCCGCCUGUCUGGCUCCACAAUUCGGGUCUUCAAACACAACAACAUGCAAAGCCUGGAGAAGCUGCUGAGAGACGCUAUCGUGCACGGUCAGCCGAGAACUCACCGACCCUGGAAGAAAAUCCUCAUUCUGGUGGAGGGAAUUUACAGCAUGGAGGGAUCCAUUGUGCGUCUGCCUGAAGUCAUCGCUCUGAAGAAGCGUUACAAGGCGUAUCUGUACCUGGAUGAGGCCCACAGUAUUGGAGCUCUGGGCCCGAAUGGCAGAGGAGUGGUGGACUACUUUGGCUUGGAUCCCAAAGAUGUCGACAUAAUGAUGGGAACUUUCACCAAGAGCUUCAAUGGUGCCGGAGGAUACAUUGGAGGCAAAAAGGAGCUGAUCGACUACCUGCGAUGCCACUCUCACAGUGCCCUGUACGCCACCUCCAUGUCCCCUCCUGUGGCCCAGCAGAUAAUCACGGCUAUGAGGAUCAUCAUGGGAGAAGAUGGGACCACACAGGGAGCUCAUCGCCUCAGACAGCUGUCGGAGAACACCGCCUACUUCCGCAGGAAACUCAACGACAUGGGCUUCAUCAUCUACGGCAACAAAGACUCACCUGUAGUACCCAUGAUGCUCUAUAUGCCUGCCAAAAUCGGGGCAUUCGGUCGGGAGAUGUUAAAAAGAAAUAUCGGCAUAGUGGCCGUCGGCUUCCCAGCGACGCCCAUCACUGAGUCGAGGGCACGUUUCUGCAUUUCGGCUGCACAUACCAGAGAGGUGCUUGACCAAGUUUUGGAUGUCAUCGAUGAAGUGGGUGACCUGCUGAGUCUGAAGUACUCCAGACGUCAAAAGCCUCGUCCUUCGCUUGGAUGGAUGGCCGAGGAGAGCCAUCUUCAGGACUGAGCCACUAUCUCUCCUCCUCCUUUACUUUACCUUUUCUUGUCUAAUAUCCCCUUUUUGUGCCCCUCGUUUUCUUUGAGCCAGUCUCCUUACCCAACUUUAUCACAUCUCUUUACACCAGACUCCCAUGGGCCCAAGUCCUUUACAGGUCCACCCCGUUUUUAAAACCUGUACACCAGUAUCAUUCAUUCGUCAAUGUGCAGUCUGUUACCUGUGCAGAUGAUUUCACCCACUGCGGCGUGUCGGUUGUUUUACGUUGUGUUGCGUUCAGGGCCUUUCAGUUUGUUCUAACCUAUUGUGACUGCAUCGAUGUAACGUCAAGUCUUAUUCCUGUGUGCACAUUGAAUGUGUGUCUUUUUUGUGCAAUAAUAACUUGGAGUUUCUUUGUAGUUCAAACAACCUGGAGCAAAGUUCAGUUUAUUUUUUUUUUGCCAUGAGUUCCUGCUCGUGCACUUGGGGAAAAAAAGAGGGAAAAAAAAUCUAAUCAUAGCUGUUACUAUGAUGAACACGAAAGGAAAAAUUCUAUAUGUAAAUAUUAUUUAUCCCAAAGUUGGUAUUACUGCCUUAGGGUAGCAUCCCAAACCUCAAGAAGAGAUACAUUAUUUCACAGGAGUGACAUUAGUAUGUGCACUCCACAUGUAUUUAUCUGAAGGCUUUUUUCCCUGAUCACUUUUACUUGAAUAAAGAGUAUAGAGUAUUGGGUUCUUUCCCUAACCAAAGGAUAUAUAUGUAUAGAAAUGUUUUCUACCUUUUCUCUUAAAAUGCAAAGCAGAUGUUCCAAAAGAAAACGUUUAACAGGGAAAGAAUCCCAGGGAGGAUAUUUCUAAGGAAUAUUUUUUACUGCUUAUUUUCUAGAAAUAUUUUUCAGCCUUAUUUACUGUUUACACCUGCACUCAAAAAUUUGAGCCCAGUGUCUUUAACAUUUCUAUAAGCUAAUGAGCUACAUGUGUGUUGUUGUUUUUUUCUUUUUUUUGCUAAGUAGUUCUCACUACAAGUGCUUUCAUGUGAUUCAGCGUCGACACCGAUCACCACACAUGAUGACGCGCUGUAACUUUGAUCUGUAUAUAUGAUGAUGCCGCUCCCGAGCUCAUCUGAUAUACAGACCUCUUUUUAUUUAUUUAAAAUGUCUCUGUCAUCUUUCAGCUACCUUUUGUGUUUGUGAAAAUGUAACCGUUACCUGAAAGGCAGCUCCAAGUGUGUCCCAGUGUAUUUCAGUUGACUACUUGCACGACUUCAGUGCUAGCACUACUGACAGGCAUUGUAAAUGCACAGAUGACGUAGUCACUGAAAUUUGCAAAAUUUCUGUUGGUGAUGCUUCAAAUGUGUUUUAUCAUCUGUGGUCAUCUUCUGGAAUGACAUUCCAUAUUAGUCUGCUUUCAGUGUCCAGCGUUUGUUUUAAUGUUGUUGUCAGAUUUUUCUGUGUGAGGUUGCCCCACAAACGGGGCAAACAUGCCACUGUCAAAUAUCCUGUUUGUGUGUGUUUUAUGUUGUGUCACUUAAUUGAUGUGAAUUGGAGGCAGCGCCAGUGUAGCCAGUCGAAGGCUGGCCGUUGUCUGGUGACGUGGCCAUUCCUAUAAAUGUUCAUCAAAGUGAUUCAGUUCAACUCAAGUUUAGAGAUGCUUUCAUUGAUGUUUUUUUUUGGCAUUUUUUAGCACAGCAUGACAACUUUUUGGGAUCUCUUAACUAUACAUCCAUAAGACAUUAAUAGCGUUGUCUUUGAAUGAGUCAUUCCAAUAUUAUUGGGAGUUUCUUUUCACAGAAAAUGGCUUGAAUAACAACUCUGUGAUGCAUUUGUUUUUAAUAAAUACAAUAUUAAAGGUGGAACACAUGACUAUGAUCUGGAAUUGCACUCUUCUGCAGAAAUGUGCCCUGACAUAAAACAUUUUCUUCUCGUCAGAGUUUCCUCUCAAGCUGUCCGCAGCACCGUGCACUACGUUAAGUCUCUGCAUUUCUGUCUAUGGAGGCAAAAAUGUAAUUGCAAACAGCAACAUGACUGUUUCUCGCAGCCAGGUUUCCCUCACUGAAAGUGAGGAAUUAAAGUCGAGAGAUUAUAAAAAUGUUUCAGUUGCUUAAAACUCUUUGAUGUAAUAUGACAUUUUCCAGCCUACUUAACCACAAAUACCUGCAGACUGACCUGCAGUGACCAUUGGGAAGUUGCUUAUCGGUUCCUUUCGCCCUUGGAUUGUAUUUGGGUUGACGAUAAACCACUUAGAGGAGUUUGUAAAGCCAUGAUGUUUGUUGACCAUGCUGUUGGAAACUGCUGAUUAAAUCACUUUCUUCGUAUCAA